UAUAAAUAAUCAUCAUCAUCAUGCUUUUCUCUACUAUCGCUUCUAUUGCUGCUUUGGCUGGUAUGACUGUUGCCUCUUCCGCUGGCGGAAUGCAAAUCACUGUGAAGAAUCAAUGUCAAUUUGAUCUUGAUGUUACCAAACUUACCAAUGGUCAAUCCUCAGGUUCUACAAACAAGGUAUCUCAAGGUAGUAGUCAAAAUUAUCCUUUGGAUGAACAAUGGCAAGGUCGUUUCUCUGCUCGUCAAAGUGGUUCCAAUGGUAGUCCUAGUGAUCCUGUUUCUUUGGCUGAAUUUACUUUCCGUGGUGCUGGUGGUAAUGAUUUCUAUGAUCUUAGUUUUGUCGAUGGUUUCAACUUGCCUUUGAAGAUUGCUCCUGUAAAUGGCCAUGGUGGUAGCAAUGCUGAUGGUCAAUAUAACUGUGGUUCCCCUACUUGUUCUACUUUACCUACAUGUCCUAGUGAUAUGAAACUUACCAACAAUGGUCAAUUCUCUAGCUGCCAAAGUGCUUGUGCCAAAUAUAAGUCUGAUGAAUACUGUUGUACUGGUGCCAAUAGUACUCCUGACACAUGUUCUCCCAACUCUUACUCUAAGGCUGUCAAGAGUGAUUGCCCCGAUGCUUAUUCUUAUGCCUAUGAUGACAAGUCAUCCACAUACUCUUGUGUUGCUGAAGGCUAUGAUAUCACUUUCUGCCCUUAAAUAAUUGAAUUUAGAAAUAUUAGAUAGAUCUUUAUAUAUAUAUAUAGCC